CUAAAAUAAUGCUCCGCAGCCCUUUGCUAGGGAAUCUGGGCGCCCUGUGCCUCUGGAGGGUGCACCGGGGUGUGGGGAAGGGCAGGGGGAGUGGGCGAAGCAGCUGGUUGGUGCCUGAAAUCUGUGCGUUGCCCCUUUAAUUGCGUCCCCAGCCCUCGGGCGUUUCUGUCCAACGCCCACGUCAGCAAAUACCUUUUGUUUCUCUCACAUUGGGGCUACUUGUUUUAGGGCGCAAAGGAUCGGCUUCGGGAGUGGGUCUGGCCCUUGCCAAAAACCAGGAAUCGUCCCCGACCCGCGCGCGGCCAGCCCGUGCGCGGCGACCCGCGGACAGUCCUCAAUACGUGAACUUUGCUUUGGAAUCUUCUUUUUUUAUUUCAUUCAACUGACUUAACAGGGUUUCAGGAGCAGCAUUUAUAGUGCUCGCUUCGGUAGCACGUAUACUAAAACUGGAACGAAAGAGCAGCAUUUAUAAAUUUCCAGAAUGGAGAUCUCCUCACAUCAGUCUCACCUGCUGGAACAGCUGAAUGAGCAGCGCAGGCAAGAUGUAUUUUGUGACUGCAGUAUUCUGGUUGAAGGAAAGGUCUUCAAAGCACAUCGAAAUGUAUUAUUUGCUAGUAGUGGCUACUUCAAAAUGCUUCUUUCUCAGAAUUCAAAGGAGACAAGUCAGCCAACCACAGCCACAUUUCAGGCGUUCUCCCCUGACACUUUCACAGUUAUCCUGGACUUUGUCUAUUCCGGCAAACUGUCGCUUACUGGGCAGAACGUCAUUGAAGUGAUGUCUGCUGCCAGCUUUCUUCAGAUGACUGAUGUCAUUGGUGUAUGUAAGACUUUCAUUAAAUCUUCCUUGGACAUUAGUGAGAAAGAAAAAGAUCGCUAUUUCAGUCUCUCAGAUAAAGAUGUCAAUUCCAAUGGUAUAGAACGUUCCCCUUUUUAUAGCAGCAGCUGGCAAGAAGGAAGCAGUUCUCCACAUUCUCACCUCAGCCCAGACCAGGGAACAGGUGGAAUAAGUGGAAAGUCGUGGAAUAAGUAUAAUUAUCAUCCAGCCUCCCAGAGGAACACUCAGCAACCAUCGGCCAAGCAUGAAAAAGAUUCCAUUAAAAAAGCCAAACGUUUGAGAUUAUCACAGCCUUCUGAAGUUACUCAUUUUAAGUCAAGCAAACGAGAAGCACGAACAUCCAAUUCUUCCAGUCACAUCUCCCAAUCUGAAGAACAAGCCCAAGCCCAAACUGAUGCUGAAAUGGACUCUGGUCCUGUAGGCUAUCAGUAUGGUCAAGGAUCUGAUGUCACAUCUAGGAGUUUCCCAGAUGAUCUUCCCAGGAUGCAGUUCAAGUGCCCAUACUGCACACAUGUGGUGAAGCGGAAGGCUGACCUCAAGCGCCACCUGCGCUGCCAUACAGGAGAAAGGCCCUAUCCGUGUCAAGCUUGUGGGAAAAGGUUCAGCAGGCUCGACCAUCUAAGUAGCCAUUUCCGAACAAUUCACCAGGCAUGCAAACUAAUCUGCAGAAAAUGCAAACGCCAUGUGACUGACUUAACAGGGCAAGUGGUACAGGAAGGAACCAGGCGCUACAGACUGUGUAAUGAGUGCCUUGCUGAAGUUGGCAUAGACAGCCUUCCCAUUGAUUUGGAAGCUGAGCAACAUCUCAUGUCCCCAUCAGAUGGAGAUAAGGAUUCUCGGUGGCACUUGAGUGAAGAUGAGAAUAGAUCCUAUGUGGAGAUUGUAGAGGAUGGGUCUGCCGAUCUGGUCAUACAACAGGUUGACGAUAGUGAAGAAGAAGAAGAAAAGGAAAUAAAGCCCAACAUUAGGUAGCUGUAAUGUGGACCGAUGGCACUGGCAUGUCUGCAGUUUAUAUUGACUUCCUGUAUCUCUCUUUCCAUGGUCAGAGUUUGGUUAACAAAUUUAUCCUACUGACUUAAAAAAUGACCCGAUGUAACUUGCAUGUUUUCUGAACAGGCCAUUGUAUUCAUUCUGAACUUUGUUGCCCUAAAUAUGUUGCUGCACUGGAAAAAAAGACAUGACUUGAGUUGGCAUGAUGGAUGAACAGUUAUCCUCUUACUUUAUUACAGAGACACCUUUUUUCUUUUAAUAUCAGAAGAUCUACUUAGCAGACUUUUUUCAAAGAAAAUAUUUUAAAUAAAUUUAUCACAACCAAACUUUAUGUAAGAUAAUUUUAAGGUGUUUCAAAACUACAUGCUCUGCCAAUAUUGAAUUUCACAGGGAACCAAGUAAGAGCACAUUUAAGGGUCUGGCAACCCACCUGCCUGAGAUAGUAAGUCUUUCUAUUAAUUUCAGAUCUGAAACAACCUAUCAUUAUUCUCAUAUCAUAAACAGUUUGGGAUUAUGACUGAAGACUAAUCUAAAAUACUUGAAAUUCUUCCUAUUUAAAAUUUUUGUCAAGCCAGGUGUGGUGGCACACGCCUGUAAUCCCAGCACUUGGGAGACCAGGCAGGAGAAUUGCUGCAAGUUGAGGCCAGCCUGGGCUACAUAAUGAGUUCAAGGACACCCUGAACUACAUAGUGAGAGGUGCCCAGCAAAAUUAUUGUUAUGUAGUCAGUAUUGUUAAAAAAAAAAAGUUUAAAGGCUGAUCACAGAGUAUAUACAGACUUUUUUUUUUGAGACAGUCUCGCUAACUUGUUAAAUUGCCAGGCUGGGCUUGAAUUUGUGAUCCUCCUGCCUCAGCCUCCCAGAGUGCUGGGAUGUAGGUGUGUAGCAUCAUGCGUGGCUCAGGGAUCAUUUUUUAAAACAGGAAACAUAUACUGUACUGCGUAAAAGUCCAGGAAGUAUGUAAAGAAGACCUGUCAAGGCCAGGGAUCUAGCCCAGUGGUGCUGCCGCCUGCCUCGCAAGUGUAGGGUCCUGAGUUCAGUCCCCAGUACCAAAAACAAAGAAGGCCUGUCAAUAAACUUUCCUCCUAGAAUACAAAGUUUAAAUUCCUCCCAUGUAGGAAUUAUGAAACAUUCCAAAAUUAAUGUCAAGUUGAAGGAGAAUUAUUUUAGUUCUAAAGAUAAAAUCUAAUAUCAGAAGAACUGAACUUCAUAAAGAUCUCUACAAGUUAUCACAGUAAAGCUUGAUAUAACUUAAUUGUGCUAUAGAGAAGCUCCAUGUAUUGUUUUUUGGGGUUUUUGGGUUUUUUUUUGGUACCGGGGAUGGAACUCGGGACCUUGUGCUUUUGAGGCAGGCAGUGGCACCACUGAGCUCAAUCCCUAGCCCUAUUAUAUUGUUUUUUUAAAGGCCAUAAAAUACCUUGACGAUACUGGGGUUUUUUUGCUUUUGUUUUUGUGUUUUUUGAGACAGAGUCUCACUAUGCAGUUCAAACUGGCCUUGAACUGACAGCAAUUCUCCUGCCUCUGUCUCCCUAGUGCUGGGAUUACAGACCUGUGCCACCAUGCCCAGCUUUGAUGAUAUUUUUUGUUAUUUUCUCCUUUUUUUGUUUUGUUCUGUACUGUUCUGUUUAGUACUGCAGAUCCAACCCAGGGCACUCUACCACUGAACUAUAUCCUCAGCCUUUUUUUUGUUUGUUUAGUUUGCAGUACAGGGGAUUGAACCCAAGUCCUUCACACCGAGCUACAUCCCCAGCAACUUAUUUUGAGACAGGGUCUCCUUAUAUCACUAAGUUGCCUAGGCUGGGCUUGGACUUAUGAUCCUUCAGCUUCAGCUUUCCAGAGUGCUGGGAUUAUAGUCAUGUUCCACCAUCCCUAGAGACAGGGUCUUGUUAAAGUGUUCAGGCUGGCUGCAAACUUUCUAUUAUUUUUAAUGAAUGAUUGUCCUUGAUAACAGUUUGUGGCUUAUAAAAAUGUUAUCAGUAGGUGAAUAACUACUUUGCUUUGAUCCUUCAUUCUGGGGCUUUUCUAAGGUUAUGCUGGCAAAUUUCUAGUUGUUUCAAGACUGGUUAGUGUGCAUUGAGUUCAUCGUUCUCACAACAGGACUGUUCCUGAGUCAGGGUUCCUAACAAUUAAGUUGUAUCCUAAUGAGGGAGGCAUCACCUGCCAUUCUCUAGUCUUACCAGAGUGAUACUAACAGCUUUCAAACUUAUAACCUGAAUUUUAGUUGUUGAGGUCAAGAGGAAACAUGGCUGAUUCGAGCUUUAUUCAUAGAAAUGAAUUAGUGCUUGCAUGUGUGUACUCUAAUGCACUUUAGUCUAUGAUCUAAAUGUUAUUUUAUGCUAUUAUCUUCUGCAUGCAAACUACACACAUCAGCAUGAACAUCAGCAAAGUCCACUGAACAUAGUGCCAGCAGCACUUUCAUUGCCGUUUCAGAAAGGACACUGUCUAUAACUGUUUCUAACAAGCAGCAAACGAUCCCCACAGAACAGCUACCGAGUUCACCACAGCAUGUGUACUAUCAUUUCAGCAUCCUAAAAAAUAUUUAAGACAUUUGUAAGUUGUAAAUAAUGACUUCAUUUAUCGUAACAUAUCCACCUAAGACUUUAGAGACCAGUUAUUUUCUAGAGUGAAACUGUCUAUUGCUGAUUUCUGAGAAAGUUAUUUUUUGACUUUUAAAUGUGGGAAAAUGUGGGCCAGGGAUUUAGCUCAGUGGUGCUGCGCCUGCCUUGCAAGUGCAAGGUCCUGAGUUCAAUCCCUGGUACAAAAAAAAAAGUGGGAAAAUGUUACAUAGGAGUAUAAUCUGUUUAAAUAAGCUUUAUUUAUGCAAGGAAUUUCUUUUAACAUCAAGAAUAAUGGGAAUUAUUUAGAUCAAAGUUUGCUUUUGCAGAGAUACUGUUUGUCAGCUUCUGAAUGCCCUUCUAAUUUUAUUGUCCUUAAGAAUGUCUGGUUGAUAGCAUGGAGUUUUGGAAAAAUAAAGCACCACUGCAUUUGUACCUAGUGUCUGGAAGAAGGAAAAUGGCAGAAGUUCAAAGGAUAGGUUUGUUUACUCAAGAUUUUUUUUUCAAUUCUUCAAAUAAAUUGUUUCACAGAGAAGCUCAGCAACUGGGGACUAAGCUCUAAAAUUGGAGCUGAUCAGGUUAGAGACUCCAUGAACCUUUCCCCAGACAUCUCUGCAGCACUUGGAGCUCAACUGAAAACAGUGGAACCAGAUAACUUCUUGAAUUCUUCCAGCAUUGCAGUUUCACUUCAUUUCUCAUGUUACUGUGUUUAUAAGCAGGUAAAUUCAUAGGGCUCUCAGUGAAGUAAAUCACACCCUUAGCAUAUGAUCUUCCUUCUAUAAUCAUAAAACUUAAGAACCAAAGUUUUAAUAUUUUUGGUUUUAUAUUUUUGAGUAAUACAAUCAAAACAAACAUAGUUACUGCUUAUUAUGUGACCACGUUACUGCUCAUGGGUGAAAAAAGUUUGGUGUUUCAAUUAUUUAAGUGCUAGAAUUAACAGUAUGAAAAAUCACUCAAAACAGUAAAGCAUAAGAUGUUUUUAACUGGAAAGAGUGAGAAUAACAAGUACAAGACCAAACUAGAUUUUACAUGGAAAGCCCUAUGUUAUAUUAGAGUGUAUCAGUAUUACUAUUUAUCAUUUGUAUGGCAUUUAAUGUUUGCAAAGUAUUUAAUGAUUAUAUUUUUCCUUACAUAUCUUUAAGUAGGACAGUUAUCACACAUGAAAGGUGAAUAAAUAGAGGCAUGAAACAGUUAACCUACAUAAGAUAGUCAGACAAACAAUGGCAAACAGAAGUUGAAGUACCAGAUUUUCUGAAUCCUAGGAUAUCAGUUUAAUUCACUGAGCUGUAUUAUGUAUCACUCUAUUUUAUAAGAUGCUUUUAUAUAAAAAAAUCCAUUGUUUUUAAGUUAAUUGUUUAGUCAUUGUAUGUGGACAAAUCCUAUACAGAAUAAAUGUUAUAUAAAGGA